CAUGUCAGAAGGGGACAGUGCUGGCGAGUCCAUCCACGGCAAACCUUCAGUGGUGUAUCGAUUUUUCACAAGACUUGGGCAGAUUUACCAGUCUUGGUUAGACAAAUCUACUCCUUAUACUGCAGUGCGAUGGGUUGUAACAUUGGGUUUAAGUUUUAUCUACAUGAUUAGAGUUUAUCUACUGCAGGGUUGGUAUAUCGUGACAUAUGCCUUGGGUAUCUACCACCUAAAUCUUUUCAUAGCUUUCUUGUCGCCAAAGGUAGAUCCCUCUCUAAUGGAAGAUUCAGAUGAGGGCCCCUCAUUACCCACAAAACAAAAUGAGGAGUUCCGACCCUUCAUUCGAAGGCUUCCAGAGUUCAAGUUCUGGCAUUCUGCUACUAAAGGCAUCCUUGUUGCAAUGACAUGUACAUUCUUCGAGGCUUUCAACGUUCCAGUUUUUUGGCCGAUUCUCGUGAUGUACUUCAUUAUGCUUUUCUGCAUCACAAUGAAGAGACAAAUCAAACAUAUGAUUAAAUAUCGAUAUAUACCCUUCACACAUGGCAAGAGGAAAUACAAAGGGAAGGAAGAUGUGGGAAAGACCUUUGCUAGCUAGAAAUCAAACUUGAGCCUGCUGACCAAUUUCCUAUAAUAUAAUUAAAAGACCAGUUUUGAGCCAUUGUAA